AUGCUGCUGGAGAGGGUCCGCGCCGGCUCGGAGAAGGCAGCGGAGCUCUGCCCCUUCCCGCGGAGCCCAGAGAUCCCGCUGUGCGCCGGCUGCAAUCAACACAUCGUGGACAGGUUCAUCCUCAAGGUCCUGGACCGGCAUUGGCACAGCAAGUGCUUGAAAUGUUCCGACUGCCAGACUCAGCUGGCCGAGAAGUGCUUCAGCCGCGGGGACGGCGUGUACUGCAAGGAGGAUUUCUUCAAGCGCUUCGGGACGAAGUGUGCCGCCUGCCAGCAGGGCAUCCCCCCGACCCAGGUGGUGCGCCGGGCCCAGGACUUCGUGUACCACCUGCACUGCUUCGCCUGCAUCGUCUGCAAGCGGCAGCUGGCCACCGGAGACGAGUUCUACCUGAUGGAGGACAGCAGGCUGGUGUGCAAGGCUGAUUACGAGACGGCCAAGCAGAGAGGUACCGCGUGCCCUUCGCCCCCGGAGAGAGAGGCGGCUCCGGGCCGCUCUGCCCUCGGGGCUUCGCUCAUACAUAGGGUUGGGCAAGAGGGAGGGCGGGGGUCCCGGGUCCCCACGGGGAGCUUCGAGCUAAUCCGCACCGUGCCGGCAGAGGCCGAGUCCACGGCCAAGAGGCCCCGCACCACCAUCACGGCCAAGCAGCUGGAGACCCUCAAAAACGCCUACAACAACUCGCCCAAGCCGGCGCGGCACGUCCGGGAGCAGCUCUCGUCUGAGACGGGGUUGGACAUGCGGGUGGUGCAGGUCUGGUUCCAGAACCGCAGGGCCAAGGAGAAGCGGCUGAAGAAGGACGCGGGGAGGCAGCGCUGGGGGCAGUACUUCAGGAACAUGAAGCGGUCCCGGGGGACCUCCAAGUCCGACAAGGACAGCAUCCAGGAGGAGGGGCCCGACAGCGACGCCGAGGUCUCCUUCACAGAUGAGCCCUCCAUGUCUGAGAUGAGCCACUCCAAUGGGAUUUACAGCAAUCUCAGCGAGGCGUCCCCGGCCCUGGGGAGGCAGGCUGGGACAAAUGGGGGCUUCGCUCUGGAUCACAGCGGCAUCCCAGCUCAGGACCAGUACCACGACCUGCGAUCCAACAGCCCCUAUGGGAUUCCCCAGUCACCGGCUUCAUUGCAAGCUCUGCCAGGCCACCAGCCUUUAAUCUCCAGCUUGGUUUAUCCCGACAGCGGUUUGGGCAUCAUGGGACAAGGUGGACAGGGGGUGCCCCAGUCCAUGCGGGUCCUGGCCGGGAAUGGGCCCAGCUCCGACCUCUCCAGCGGCAGCAGUGGGGGAUACCCGGAUUUCCCUGCCAGCCCGGCCUCCUGGCUGGAUGAAGUCGACCACGCUCAGUUUUGAUAGAGGAUCUGCCGCCGUGCAGUGGGAAGGGAAAGGACUCAUUGCUGUCAAACAUCAUCUGCUCAUGGGGAAAAAAGGAGGGACGUGCUGAGUGCAGGAUGGCACGGCUGCCUGCAGAGCGUGGAUGUGCUUGCGGAGGGCGAGCAGGUGGUGGGUCUGCGGUGGACGGUGGGCAAAGGGAAACGUGGCACAGCGGUGAGCAUGAGGAGCAUCCCAUGAACCUGGUUGUCAUGUCCUUACUGAACACCGAGAGUUGUGCUUUACAGAUUUGACAGGACAUAUUUUGCUUUCUGCUGUCAGUGCAUUCUCCAAAGCGAGGACUUCUUUCAUCACCCACCCACACCGAAAACCUUCUGAAGAGAAAAUAAAGUCCUCAUCCGCGGUGAAAGGUGUGACCAUGUCUGUAUUUCUAUAGGAGAAAUGUUAAUAGUGAAUCACUUCAGAACCCCAUGGUAGCGAACAUCUCUGUUCUUCCAGCAGAUUUUUGAGGCGGUAUGUUCUGCUUUCUUUUGAAUUUUACCUUCACUUUUCUAAACCGAGAUGCUCUUUCAUAUGCCAAUCACUCAUCAUCGACCCUUUUCCUUUGUGAAGUGAAGACCACCCGUUGAUUCCGCUUCGCAUCUUUUUGAUUUGUAGGCUGCUAGUUUCAUUCCUCCAUGUAAGCAUUGAACCAUGAAUAGAUGUAUUUAUUACCAAAUAACUCCACCUUCAUCACGAUGGCGAGAGGUGGUUUUCCUGGCCCAGGAACACCGGCGGCUCAGAGCUGUGAAUCUUUUGCUGUUCUUUAAGAUCCCUUUGCAGCCGUUUUCUGCAGUGUCUCCACUCCCCCCGCUGUUGCCAAACACCCUCUGGGUCUCUCUGUGGUCGCAUCACUGGGUCGGCUCCAGCUGUGCUUUGCAGUGAACGCUCGCCUUCCCAGCAGCUCUUCUCUGUUGGAGGCAUUUGCGUAUCUCUGCAGGGCGCGAGCGGAUGGUGAGGAAAGGCAAAGCAAUGUGUGUAUCGUUACCUGUACAAAUGAUGGAAUUAUCUGUAGAUGAUGUGACUGUCCCGUGUCUUUUAUUUAUAUUCUCGCAUUCUCUCUGAUGAUCGAAUACUCCAAGGCUGCAAAUAAAUUUGUCAGCUGAACUUUAAAUCGUCUUU